AUGGAUGGCCCAGCUUCGCCGGAAUCCAGGGCCACGGAGCUGAGCCAAAGGCUGGGCGCCGCGCCGCCCAUUUGCAAGUACAGAGGCUUCAUCCCGGCCUCCCGUGGCCUCUGUGGGGAGACUUUCACUCAGCAGUGCUUCAGUGCGCGGGAGACUCUUCGCCAGAGCGGAGGUGGCAUCCCCCUAGAGGCGUGGACCAGGAAUGGCGUAGGCACCGCAGGCCGCAUCGUGUGCGGCGGCCGGGGCUUGCGGCCAGACUUGCAGGAGCAGCACACGGUGCAGGAAUGCCGGGCAGGGCUGGACGCGUUGUUGACUGCCAGAGGGAGUGCAAGCUCCUACAUGCUGUCCCAGGAGCUACCGAAAGCGCAAAAAGAGGAUCCUCCAACGUGA